CAUAUUUAGCUGGCUUGCCGAAGCCCAGCAGAGUUGAUCUGUCAACCAGACUGAAAAUCUCGACACUUGUCGGCGGAUACAGCCCGUUGUUGACAGCCUUAUUUUGGCACUGGGACACGAACCACAGAAGACGACGUCGUUGGGAUACGGUGCCUGAGGAGCGGGGCCGUGUCGGCGGCCGUUUUUAACGAGAUAUAUGUAGCCGUCGUCUGUCAGAAUUCCAACUAUCCAACAGCCGAGCUAGCCAGCUAGCUAAUUACUGUAGCUACCCCGACGCUCGUUGUGCCGUGGUUACGGAUUUAUGUGGUUUCUGUUGACGUUCAGCUAUCUGUAGGAAUUCAUUUGGACUCAGUGACCCCGCUGUGAUGAUAUCCUGACAGCUCCUGUCGUCCUUUCCAGCCACUUUCCUGAGCCUGGCUAGCGAGCUACCUUGGCUAACUAGCAGGUUUUCACUGCCACAGCGUCGCGUCGAGGAACCACUAGGUUUCGCCGUGGCAGUGAAAUCCGAUUGGAUACGUUGACAGUGUGCGAACGGCAGUGUGCGGGGACGCCGAAAACCCGCGGGCCGGCGAAACGACCGUACCGAAGGGCCCCUUUUGACAGUCGGCAGGGAGGGGUGCUAACAGAGACCAGGGUUCUCGGCCACUCAGUGCUGCAGAGGCAGUGCACUGCCGAAGGAGACACCGGAUUGAACGGAGCAAGAGUCCCAAACGUUUGACAUCUGUGAUCCGGGAAGUGAUCCGGGCAGGGACCUCAUGAAUGGAAAUCGGAACUACAGGAGCCGUUGGGGCCCAGUCCCUGUUCUCCAUGCCUCGGCGGCCUGGCUAUGGCACCAUGGGGAAGCCAAUCAAGCUGCUGGCCAACUGCUUCCAGGUGGAGAUCCCCAAGAUGGAUGUCUACCUCUACGAGGUGGAUAUCAAGCCUGACAAGUGUCCACGGCGAGUCAACAGGGAGGUGGUUGACUCUAUGGUGCAGCACUUCAAGGUGACAAUCUUUGGGGAUCGCAGGCCGGUCUAUGAUGGAAAGAAGAGCCUGUAUACAGCCAACCCACUGCCUGUGGCACCUACAGGGGUGGACCUGGAUGUCACUCUACCAGGUGAGGGAGGGAAGGAUCGUCCCUUCAAAGUUUCCAUCAAAUUUGUGUCUCUGGUCAGCUGGCACAUGCUCCACGAGGUGCUGACUGGCCGCAGCAUGCCUGAGCCUCUGGAGCUGGACAAGCCCAUCAGCACCAACCCUGUACACGCAGUGGACGUAGUCCUGCGACACCUGCCCUCCAUGAAGUACACUCCGGUGGGUCGAUCCUUCUUCUCAGCUCCGGAGGGCUAUGACCAUCCCCUAGGAGGUGGGAGGGAGGUUUGGUUUGGCUUCCAUCAAUCUGUGCGGCCCGCCAUGUGGAAGAUGAUGCUUAACAUUGAUGUGUCUGCCACCGCUUUCUACAAGGCCCAGCCUGUCAUCCAGUUCAUGUGUGAAGUGCUGGACAUCCACAACAUAGACGAGCAGCCUCGCCCUCUCACAGACUCGCACCGGGUCAAAUUCACCAAAGAAAUCAAAGGUUUGAAGGUGGAGGUGACACACUGUGGAACCAUGCGGAGGAAGUACCGUGUCUGCAACGUGACCCGUCGGCCUGCCAGCCAUCAAACGUUUCCUCUACAGUUGGAAAACGGUCAGACGGUAGAGCGUACUGUAGCCCAGUACUUCAGGGAGAAGUACAACCUGCAGCUUAAGUACCCACAUUUGCCCUGCCUGCAGGUGGGCCAGGAGCAAAAGCACACCUACCUGCCCCUGGAGGUCUGUAACAUUGUAGCUGGUCAACGAUGCAUCAAGAAGCUGACAGAUAAUCAGACCUCCACUAUGAUCAAAGCCACAGCUCGGUCCGCACCCGACAGACAAGAGGAGAUCAGCAGGCUGGUGCGUAGUGCCAACUACGAGGCCGACCCAUUUGUGCAGGAAUUCCAGUUCAAGGUGCGCGACGAGAUGGCCCACGUGACGGGGCGAGUGCUACCCGCCCCCAUGCUGCAGUACGGCGGCAGGGUGAGCACAGAGCACUUUAUGAACCGCACUGUAGCCACGCCCAGCCACGGGGUGUGGGACAUGAGAGGGAAGCAGUUCCAUACCGGGGUGGAGAUCAAGAUGUGGGCCAUUGCCUGCUUUGCCACACAGAGGCAGUGUCGGGAAGAAAUCCUAAAGGGUUUCACAGACCAGCUACGUAAAAUCUCGAAGGAUGCCGGGAUGCCCAUUCAGGGCCAGCCAUGUUUCUGUAAAUACGCCCAGGGAGCGGACAGUGUGGAGCCCAUGUUCCGACACCUGAAGAACACCUACGCCGGACUGCAGCUCAUCAUCGUCAUUCUGCCGGGAAAGACUCCUGUCUACGCGGAGGUAAAGCGUGUGGGAGACACCCUCUUGGGCAUGGCCACCCAGUGUGUUCAGGUGAAGAACGUGGUGAAGACGUCACCUCAGACCCUUUCCAACCUCUGCCUCAAGAUCAAUGUGAAGCUGGGAGGCAUCAACAACAUCCUGGUGCCUCAUCAACGACCCUCAGUUUUUCAGCAGCCAGUUAUCUUCUUGGGAGCAGAUGUCACACAUCCUCCUGCUGGAGAUGGGAAGAAGCCUUCAAUUGCAGCAGUGGUAGGUAGUAUGGACGCCCACCCCAGCAGGUAUUGUGCCACUGUGCGGGUCCAGAGGCCCCGGCAGGAGGUCAUCCAGGACCUGGCCUCCAUGGUGCGGGAGUUGCUCAUCCAGUUCUACAAGUCAACCCGCUACAAGCCCACCAGGAUCAUUUUCUACAGGGAUGGAGUUUCAGAAGGCCAGUUCAGACAGGUGCUGUAUUAUGAGCUGCUGGCCAUUCGUGAGGCCUGUAUCAGCCUGGAGAAGGAGUACCAGCCAGGCAUCACCUACAUUGUUGUGCAAAAACGCCACCAUACACGCCUCUUCUGUGCUGACCGCAAUGAAAGAGUCGGACGUAGUGGAAACAUUCCUGCUGGUACUACCGUGGAUACGGACAUAACGCAUCCCUACGAGUUUGACUUUUACCUCUGCAGUCACGCUGGAAUACAGGGCACCAGUCGGCCCUCCCACUACCAUGUACUGUGGGAUGACAAUUGUUUUACCGCUGAUGAGUUCCAGCUGCUCACCUACCAGUUGUGCCACACCUACGUGCGCUGUACCCGCUCAGUCUCCAUCCCUGCGCCAGCCUACUACGCCCAUCUGGUGGCCUUCCGCGCCCGCUACCAUCUGGUGGACAAAGAACAUGACAGCGCUGAGGGCAGUCAUGUGUCUGGUCAGAGUAACGGUCGGGACCCCCAGGCGCUGGCCAAAGCUGUUCAGAUUCACCACGACACUCUGAGGACCAUGUACUUCGCCUGAGCUACACCAACCCUCCCCAAUCAUUGCCACCCUUAACACACACACAAACACACACAGACGCAACCAUGCACGCCUGGCUUGUCAGUCAAGGAUCCUCAUAGGUGCAAGUCCCGCCCCCCACACGCCUAGUCAAUCCGGACCUGACACUGUGCAGAGGAAAGCAGGGAGGAGGGAGGGGAAGAGGCACCCCCACACUGGACUGAGGAUGCAAACGCUGCUUUAAAAACAAACAAGAGAGAAACUCAGCACUAUUAUGCAAUAUUAAACCAGCCAACUAGUUAUUUUCACCCUCAUCAGGCCCUCUUUUCAUUGCCCCUCCUAUCUGUUUUCCCCUGUUUGUCUCCUUUACUUGUGGCCUAGUGGGUGUUUUUCUUGUUUGUUUUUACUUUUCCCCUCCUUUGGCACAGUCUCUCUCUAUGAUCUACUAAUCUGCCCCUUUGCCAUCUACAGUACCUCAAGUCAGUUUGAGCAGCAGCACUUUUACAUUCUGUCAGUUUUACUGUAGUUUGUUGUUGAUUCUCCCCAGUGUUUGAAACGAGGGAGCAGAGAAGGAAGGGUCAGACUCUGGAGUUUUUCAGUGGUGUUUGAUUUCUUUUGGAAUAUAAUUAUUUCGUUGGACGAGAGGUCCUCCCAGUUGCCACCUUUUAUUUUUCCUUUUUUCCUCUUGUUUCCAAUGUUCUGUCACUUUUCACUAGUGUGUGAAAUCACCAGUUACAUGUAUGGAGCAACAUGUUCUUUUGAGCACACUGCCACCUGUUGGCGACGAGGUAUAAAUGCCCCCUGAAAGUCACAACAAGUUGUUGUUGUCUUGUAAGGUUUUGAUUUAUCUUUAGCAGUCAGCUGUCACAUUUAAAUGGGGGCAGUUUAUAUUGGCUGGUAUAUCAAUUGCUCAAUUGCAGCCAUCUAUGGAUUUUAUUUGAAGUAUAACACUGUUAUUUGAUUCUGGUUGUUAUUUUUCCU